AUGGCGCUAACUUAAAUGAAUAGAGAAGAAGAAUCAUUAGAAUUCUAUGAUCUAGCUAUUUAGAGAAAUCCUGAAGAUUCUAGAAAUUAUAAUAACAAAGGUAAAAUGAAUUAAGCAUAUUUAGCUUUUACUUUAGAUAAAAUGUCGAGAUUUGAAGAAGCGUUAUAAUAUUACGAUUAAGCAAUUUUAAGAAACCCUGAAAAGAGCAUCUAUUAUAAUAACAAAGCUAUUACUUUACAUAAAAUGAAUCUAUUUAAAGAAGCAUUAUAAUAUUAUGAUUUAGCUAUUUAGAGAGACGCUGAAAAUGCCGCCUUUUAUAAUCACAAAGGUUUAAUUGAAUCAGCAUAUUAUCUUAGCGCUUACUUUAUAAAUUAUGAUUUAGCUAUUUAGAGAAAUCCUGAAAAUGCUAAUUAUUAUAAUAACAAAGCUUAGGCUUUACGCAGAUUGAAUAGAUUUCAAGAAGCAUUAUAAUAUUAUGAUUUAGCCAUCUCAAAAAACCCAGAUGAUCCAGAAUUUUACGAAAACAAAGGUAAAAUUGGAUUUCAUUUUAUUUAGCGGUUACUUUACAAUAAAUGA